AUGAACGUAACAACAUCCAUCAUCACAAUAGCCUCCAUUCUCUCCAUAAUCCUAAUAAUAUUAAACUACCAAUUAACAUUAACAAAACCAGAUAACGAAAAAUUAUCCCCAUAUGAAUGUGGCUUUGACCCACUAGAAUCAGCCCGUCUACCAUUCUCAAUUCGAUUUUUCCUUAGUGCCAUCUUAUUCCUGCUAUUCGACUUAGAAAUUGCACUACUCCUACCACUACCAUGAGCCACCCAACUCCCAUCUCCAACCUCAACCCUUACCUGAACCAUUAUUAUUUUACUUCUCCUAACACUAGGCCUUAUUUAUGAAUGAAUCCAAGGAGGCUUAGAAUGAGCAGAAU